AACCUACGUAGGUGGAAACUAAUUCACGAACGAGUUAAAAGUUGCCACUUAUGUUUUACAGUUCUAAACCACAAACAUAUCGUUUUCUUUGAAACUUGACAAUUUACCGACCUUCCUCGUGUUAGGGAUGAAUCAUGCCUACCGUUUCCUCUCAAUGCGUUUUCAUCUUGCUGUCCUCUCUGAUAACAAGGGCUAAUUGUUCUUCAGACAUCAACGAAUGCCAAUCUCUAGCAGAUGCUUGCCACAAAGAUGCGUAUUGCAGCAACUAUCAUGGCGGCUAUAAAUGUACUUGUGUGUCCGGAUACUCUGGUAAUGGCACGGUAUGUAUAGCUCCAGAGAAGUGCCAAGCUCAACUGGACCUCAUUUUUUUACUCGACGCAUCGGGGAGUGUUGGAGAAGACAAUUACGUUAAAGAAAAAGAAUUCAUUAAGACUGUGACAAGCAGAUAUGAACUAGGGACAACCAGCCAAGCUGCUGUUAUUGCAUUUAGUACUAACGUUUUCAACGCAGUCCCGCUGGGCUCGAAGAACACAACGUUGUCGUUCGCUUCGGCGGUGGACAAUAUCCCGUAUUUUAACGGGCAUACCCGUAUUGACCUCGCACUUCGUCUAGCUUAUGAUAAGUAUUUUUCAUCAGAAGACACGAACGAAACUCAGAAACUAGUGAUAUUGUUGACUGAUGGAAAACAAACUCAUUCCUAUUCUUACAUUCCAAUAGAGGAUACAGUACAGCUCCUUCGUUCAAAAGCUGCUCGUAUCUAUGCUGUUACUAUUGGGAGUAAUAUUGACAUGAGAGCGAUGAGGGCUGUUACUGAGGAAGACGACGAUAUAUUUCAAGCCUCUGAAUUCAACGAUUUGGUAGCAAAGGCCGACACAAUAUCCAAGACAUCAUGUGUCGACGCUCUCCAGACCCAAGGAAUCACGUUUUGUAGUAUUGAUCCAGAAAUGACAAAUUGUGAAUUUCCAGCGCAUUGCGUCAACAUGAGUACCGGUGUUUCGUGUAUGUGCAGCGAUGGCUACGUUGGUGAUCCACACCAGUGUGAAGACGUGAAUGAAUGUACCGAUGGUUCACAUGACUGCCCCGUCAAUGCCUACUGUGUCAACAUCCCAGGCUCGUACAACUGUUCAUGUAACCAGUCAGGAUACAGUUAUAACGGCAGCAUGAGUGUAGCUCCAGAGAAGUGCCAAGCUCAACUGGACCUCAUUUUUUUACUCGACGCAUCGGGGAGUGUUGGAGAAGACAAUUACGUUAAAGAAAAAGAAUUCAUUAAGACUGUGACAAGCAGAUAUGAACUAGGGACAACCAGCCAAGCUGCUGUUAUUGCAUUUAGUACUAACGUUUUCAACGCAGUCCCGCUGGGCUCGAAGAACACAACGUUGUCGUUCGCUUCGGCGGUGGACAAUAUCCCGUAUUUUAACGGGCAUACCCGUAUUGACCUCGCACUUCGUCUAGCUUAUGAUAAGUAUUUUUCAUCAGAAGACACGAACGAAACUCAGAAACUAGUGAUAUUGUUGACUGAUGGAAAACAAACUCAUUCCUAUUCUUACAUUCCAAUAGAGGAUACAGUACAGCUCCUUCGUUCAAAAGCUGCUCGUAUCUAUGCUGUUACUAUUGGGAGUAAUAUUGACAUGAGAGCGAUGAGGGCUGUUACUGAGGAAGACGACGAUAUAUUUCAAGCCUCUGAAUUCAACGAUUUGGUAGCAAAGGCCGACACAAUAUCCAAGACAUCAUGUGUCGACGCUCUCCAGACCCAAGGAAUCACGUUUUGUAGUAUUGAUCCAGAAAUGACAAAUUGUGAAUUUCCAGCGCAUUGCGUCAACAUGAGUACCGGUGUUUCGUGUAUGUGCAGCGAUGGCUACGUUGGUGAUCCACACCAGUGUGAAGACGUGAAUGAAUGUACCGAUGGUUCACAUGACUGCCCCGUCAAUGCCUACUGUGUCAACAUCCCAGGCUCGUACAACUGUUCAUGUAACCAGUCAGGAUACAGUUAUAACGGCAGCAUGAGUGUAGGUAUGUAAAGUCUGUAUUUCCAAUGCUUGAGCAGCGAUACCUCUAACAGUGAAAGCAUUUCAAGAAGAGCAAUUGCAAAAAACAACAUAAAACUAAACGAAAUAGGAUAAAACAGCAAGCAGAGAGAGUCGAACUGUUUUAAAUUAGUCAGAUAAGCCUUGGAAAAUGUACUUCUACUACAUUGCAUUUCUGGUCUAUAUAAUAUGUAAUUUAAUCCACCUGCUAUAGUCAAUAAAAUUUUUCAGGUCAAUUAAAAAUUAGUGAAAUAAUAUUUCGGGGAUCUUCGGGGUUAAAAAAGCAAGCUUAUCCAUGCUUGCUGGAUCUCCUGCAUUAAUCAAGUA